UGAAAGCGGAAUGAAUGCCCUUAGUGGGGCGGGGCUUGUGGCUCAGCCGGUUGAUAACAUUUGUCAGGAGUAAGUUCCGCCGUGGUCUGGUUCUCGCGGUCGGUGGUUGGGACACCGGGUAGCAGCAUUCCGCUUCGAUUAUACGGUGAUUGAUCAUCAUGGUUUGUCGCAAGACCUACGCAUCCUUUCUUUUAUGCGGGCUGGUUUCUGCAACAUUAGUAUUGUCGGUAAUUGCUGAUGACCAUGCGCAUCCAAAAGUGGAGGAACAUGGUCACCAAGGAUCUCGAUUUGAUAAGAAUGUCGUCCACGACAAAGACCACAUCAUGGAGCACUUAGAAGGGGUUGUUGAGAAACCAGAGACUGAGAUGUCCCCUCAGGAACUACAGCUCCACUAUUUCAAAAUGCAUGAUUAUGAUGGAAACAAUCUAUUAGAUGGCCUCGAGUUGGCAGCUGCAAUCUCACAUGUUAAUAAAGAGGGCGGCAAUGAACACGCUCCCCCCGUUAAGGAGGAAGAUCUGACUAACUUAAUAGAUGAGGUUCUAAGAGACGAUGACAAAAAUAAUGAUGGAUACAUAGACUAUGCUGAAUUUGCCAGAUCAAUGGAAUGAACACCUUGGACAAUGCUUUAUUAUGACCCCAAAUGUGCCCCGGAGAAAUGUGGUUAAUUUUAGUUUCUAUUACCUGAGCCUUUGCUUCUGUGUGAUGUGUCUGUAGUCCAUGGUAUCGGUUCAGAUGGACGUGUGUAAUUUAUAUGCAGUGGUAUAUAUCAUGGGCUAUAUGUCCAUCAUGUACAUAGAUAUGUACAGCAAAAAGCAUAAUUUAGAUGGUUUAAUUUAUAAAUGAACAUAUUUAGGUCAGUGUUAUAGAAUUUUUUUGUUUUGGUUGUCUGAGCGCUGAAACAUCAUUUUAUUAUGGUUCUUGUAUGUUCACCAUAACGAGCAAAUCUCGGUUCGUUUGCUGUGAGCUUUUCGACCUGCAUUCAAAACAGAGAAACAAGUCAAUUUUUAAUUAAGGGCCCUAAAAAUAAAUCUACCCCCCAAGGUGGGAAGUCUUUGAAUAAAAAACAUUGAUUGCUACUAAAAAUCUGCUCAAACUUUUGGUUAAAAUUCUCCAAACCUUGAGUGGGUGAUUGAAACCUCGUUCAUUGAAUCCAAGUAGCUGAGCUAAACUCCCAGUAAAGUAAAUCUACGAAUCAGUCAUCUUUUCAAUAAACGGUGAAUAUGGAUAUCGGGGCAAGAAGUCCUGGAAAUGAAAUAAACCGCAAUGGCAAAUUUCACAUCGGAAAAAGAA